CUCUCUGCCAUGAACCAGGCUCGAGCUGGUCCCCGAGGAGAAUAACAUUUUUUUUUCUAAGCAGAAGGGAAAAUAAAAGACAAUUCUUUGGUUGCUAAGGGUGAGUGAAGACUUUCAAAAUGGCUCAGGGAACCAGUGAUCAAAGUACAGUGGGUAUUGCUGACCCAGAAGAGACUACUCCAAAUAUGAUUGUCUACAGAAAAAUUGAAGAUAUCAUUACAAAGAUGCAGGAUGAUAAGACAGGCGGGGUACCCAUCAGGACAGUAAAGAGUUUUCUGUCCAAAAUCCCCAGUGUUGUCACAGGUACCGACAUUGUGCAGUGGAUUAUGAAGAACCUUGCUAUUGAGGACCCAGUUGAAGCAAUACACUUGGGAAGCCUUGUAGCUGCCCAGGGUUACAUCUUUCCCAUAUCAGACCAUGUCCUUACCCUGAAGGAUGAUGGCACCUUUUAUCGAUUCCAGGCUCCAUACUUCUGGCCCUCCAACUGCUGGGAACCUGAAAACACUGACUACGCCAUUUAUCUAUGUAAGAGGACAAUGCAGAAUAAAGCAAGGUUGGAAUUGGCAGAUUAUGAAGCUGAAAACCUCGCAAGACUCCAGAGGGCCUUUGCAAGGAAGUGGGAAUUCAUCUUUAUGCAAGCAGAAGCCCAAGUGAAGAUUGAUCGGAAAAAAGAUAAAACAGAAAGAAAAAUUUUAGAUAGUCAAGAAAGAGCCUUCUGGGAUGUCCACAGGCCAGUGCCAGGUUGUGUGAAUACAACAGAAAUGGAUAUCAGAAAAUGUCGUAGGAUGAAGAAUCCCCAGAAGGUCAAAAAGUCAGUGUAUGGAGUGACAGAAGAAUCUCAGUCCCAAAGUCCUGUGCAUAUACCUACCCAGCCAAUCAGAAAAACUACAAAAGAGGACAUCCGAAAACAGAUAACAUUUUUGACUUCACAGAUAGACAGGCAUUGUUUAAAGAUGUCCAAAGUAGCUGAAAGCUUAAUUGCUUAUACGGAACAGUAUGUGGAAUAUGAUCCUUUGAUAACUCCAGCCGAACCUUCUAAUCCAUGGAUCAGUGAUGACAUUACUUUAUGGGACAUAGAGAUGAGCAAAGAGCCCAGCCAACAACGUGUAAAGAGAUGGGGAUUCUCCAUUGAUGAGGUACUAAAGGACCAAGUGGGGCGAGAUCAGUUCCUUCGUUUUCUGGAGUCGGAAUUCAGUUCAGAGAAUCUCAGGUUUUGGUUGGCUGUUCAAGAUCUCAAGAAACAACCUUUACAGGAUGUGGCAACUCGGGUGGAAGAAAUUUGGCAAGAGUUUCUGGCUCCUGGAGCCCAAAGUGCAAUCAAUCUGGAUUCUCACAGCUAUGAGAAAACAAGUCAAAAUGUCAAAGACCCAGGGCGAUACACAUAUGAGGAUGCACAGGAGCACAUUUACAAGCUGAUGAAGAGUGACAGCUAUACCCGGUUUCUUCGAUCUAAUGCUUACCAGGACUUACUACAGGCAAAGAAGAAGCCAGAAAAUGAGCAAGGUCGUAGAACUUCCUUAGAAAAGUUCACUCGCAGUGUGUGCUGCUGGCGCAGAAUAAGACUGGCUACCGCGUUUCACCCCAGAGGUGGCUACCUUCCAGCAGCGGGGAAAGUCACUGGUGGGCAAGCGCCUCACGGGCCUGAUGCAGUCCUCCUGACAGUUCCGCCAGCUGAGACGGCAGCCGCUGACCACGUGGGCGGGCGGCGCCGCUCCACAUCUGCAGAAAGACUAACCUUAAGGGGCGAUUUGAUUACUGUGAAAGAAAAGGAGUGAGGGGGAGAAGGGAGGUUGAGGAAAGGAGUACGUGCCUAGGACUGGAUGGGGUGGAAAAUGCAGAAGAGAAAAAGAAACCAACCGCAGAGCUGCAGAGAUGCCGCUUUACAUAGUUUACAUCAACAUUUUCUUACCUGUAUAGCUUUGUUAUGACACUCCGUUCCCUAAGAGGUCCUUGUUUCUUCUCACCUGAAUUAAGGGAAGAAUGCCUCACUGUGAACAGAGAGUUUGGCAGGGCCAAAGUUUUCCUGCUAAGACUUAUUACUUGCUAUCAUUAUCAUUAUUAUUGUUACUGCUGUUAUUAUUAUUAUUACUACUACUACUGUCCAAAUUAUCUUUCCUUAUGGGAAAAGAGAGAAAGGAAAGCUAGGUGAACACAAUCAGUAUUAAUUACCAUUCUCCCUUUUCUCUGGCAAAUCCACAACUCUAAUAGGGACAAGCCUGCUACUGUCACAAUCACACCUCCACCCCCAUCCAUCCCCCAUUUGUGGCUACCUAGGCACAAUAAAAUAGUCACCAGAAGCUGCUUCCACUUAAGAAGUAUGAUUCAUUUCUUCUGCACUUUGAAAGCAUUCUAGGGGUUCCCUUCCCCCAUCCCUUCAAGCCCUUCACUCCCCCUCAGACAGACUUAGAGAAAAUGCUGAUUGCCUUUCUCCUUAGUUGUCUCUUGGUCCGGAGAAAUCAAAGCAUCCAUGAUUCCCUCUACAGAGAAAAAGAGCAUCAGUGCAUAAAGAAGAGCCACAGAUUUGUUAUUUAAGGCUUGAAAGACUUGUCAUUUUAUCAUUUACUUCUUACACUUCUUCUAAGUAUAUUCCCUCCCGCUUUAUUCAGAGAUUAAGGUCUGGUAAGAACUCUGGGGAUACUGGAGUUCUCCAGGUUUCACCAAUCUAAGAGAAAGAUGAAAAGAGGGGAAAAGUCUUAGUCUAGGGGAGUCAACUGUCUAUUUGACUGGCCAACAAUUCCUCAAGUUGGUUUGUAUAUGGUCAAAUUUCUCAAUAAGAACUCAGAUAUGCCCAGAUACAGCACUAGUGGCAAAGGAAUUGUCAGUACCUACAUAGCACAUCUCAAAAUGGUACUGCAUAUAUAAGAAGUGCAGAAAAUGAUAUAAACAAUAAUAUCAAUUAUUUGGUAUAAUUACAUCAGCAUGUAAACUAAACUAACAUGGACAAACUGUGUCUAGAUUUCUUUACAAUCUCUAUCCUCCCUGGAUAUCUGUCAUCAACUAGCAUUUACCAGAGUGGCACUGCUCCCUACAGACCCCCAGAUAAAAGUAUUGAUAAAUCUGUAGCCCAGUAAGACCAUGUUUUUCCAAGUCAAUUGCUCAAUCAUCUCUAAUUUAUUUUCAACCACAUCCUUUUAGACAUCAUAAACACAAGGCAGCAGAAAUAAAAAUGAUUAUCAUUGGUGAUUUCUUGCUUCAUAUAAUGAAAUUUUAGAAAUUAAGUACCUUAAGUAAGGAUACAUUCAGACUUCACACACCAUCACCUCUGUUCUUUAAAUCUGAUUUGUUCCUUUUUUCAUUUCUGGCCCAAAAUGCCGAAUCAGUUCCCUGUAAUGGAUUUUACUUUAUCCUGCCAGAUCUUAGGCAUUACAGCCUUCCAUCUUCCAUGUCUGAGCUGUCAUGGACAUUGGCAAUUUUCUAGUUUCCAGACUUGCUGUACCUCAGUUUCUCUUACCUAUAAAACGGUGAAAAAAUAUUUGCUCCCAUUUGGUGGGCUUAGCAGGAAAUUAUGCAAUAAUUACAAACAUUCUCAGAGCGCCAAAUUUAGUCAGGAAUUGGAUGAACUUGGGCCAUGCUACCUGGAACCUUGUUUCACAUGUGGUAGAUUGCCAAAAGAGGCCACCAAUUCAAUGGCCCCAAGGUAUACCCGGCAUCAGAGAAUCAAUAGAACAAAAUUAUAGAAAUUAUGGGGUUGGGGAUACAGAAGCAAAAAUGGGUCCCUUCCUGGAAUUUUCUAUAGGGAUUAGCCUCAAAUAAUUUAGAUACUGCAUGCCCUGUCCUUGAGCCUAACUGUGGGAAAGGCCACAGGGUCCUUAUAUUAUUAUGUGUGCAUGAACUGCUUGAGGCACAUAAUCUACUUUAGCUUUUGACACCAUCCCUCCGAUCUUACUGCUUUUUACACCCUACCUGCUCUCACAUACAAAUAACCAUUUCUGAGUCCAGCCAGAGAGCUACUAGCAUGUCCCCUAGGUCUCAAAGCAUAGCACAUUACCUCCAUUUCCUUGAUAGGUCAUCAGGAGCAAAAAGAACUUGCUAGUGACAAAGGAAAGCUUUGAAAGUAGAAAUGCUAAAGGUGAAUCAGAGACGUCCUCCACAAUUGUUCCCUGAGCACAGGCACUACGAUCUCUUUUCUCAAGCCCCAGGUGGCUUGCUUACCAUAAAUUGUGUUUCCUGGCACUUUUCCAUGGCUCUAAAAUGGACUUUUCAGGUUAUGUUGUCAUCAGAAUUAUGUGCUCUCUAUUGAAAUCAAAGCUCAUUGGAUGGAUGAGAUUCUCUAACCUGAGAUCGUGGUCUCAGGCAUCAUUGCUGAAUUUAACCAGGGACUUGAGAGAUCUGCUGGAGUCUCAGUUAAGGACAGCUGGCCUCUAAUAGUUGUGAAUUCAGCAUAUUUGAGAAAGUUUUUAGACCUCCAAGGUAAAGGAAAGGUCAACCAAGAUUCUCAAAGUAAGUGGUUUGGGUUCUUUAAGUGAAUUUAUGAUGGAUGUCAUACCCCUCCUAAGGCAGGAAAGAUACCAAAACACCUAAAGAUUGUUGAGCUAUAUGGCAGUUUCCCAAAGGCAGCAUAUGGGUUGCCACUGCAGAAUGCAGUGCAAAGUCAGCAUGUGAGUGCUAGUUCUGGAAUGAAGCUACAUCCACAGUGUCUCGCCUUAGACCAGUCCCUCCAUUAGCCUGACCUCUAUGUUUUCCCAGAGCCCCUGUAGUGGACCAGAUCAGAAUCAAAACAAAUUUCUUAUUGAUUCUUUUCUAUCCCCUUCAUCCCUACCUUCAGUGACAACACUGAAUAUACUCACUGGGCCCAAACUUUGAAAACCCUGUGCUAGAGUAGGUGUGUGACAAUGGUACCUAUAGCAUGGAAUACCGAGGCAGUGUCAAAAGAAACAACCUCCACCCAGGAGGCAAAGUAAACUCCCAGGAUGUCAGUGAACUAAGCAAAAUUUCCAGGAUAAAAGGAUAUGUACAUUUACUUUCUCCAAUAGGGACAAAAUAGAAAAAACAUAGGUUACCAACAGGCAAAUUCCUAAUUUCUUCUGGAAUAAUUCCAUUGCAGGCAAUACAAUAGCAACGAUUGCAGGCAAUACCAAUAUAAUACAAGGACAUUUAUUAAUUACCUACUAGGUUGAGAAUAUUGUAUUGGAUAUUAGAGGAAGUACCAAACUUAAAUGAGAUACCAUUCCUACCUUUAAGAAUCUUACAGUCUCAUAGAAGGAUUGGUAAGAUACACACAGAAGUACAUUUAAUACAUAUUUCAUGAUCAACACAUUAGAGAGGUAUAAAAAACAUGCUUUGAAAGGCCUGGGGGAGAAAGAUAAUUUCCAACAAAAGAAAUCACAGAAGGCUCUUGGAGAAGAUGAUAUUUGAGUUGGGCUCCAAAAGGUCAGUAGGAAUACACAAGGCAUCAGUUAAUAUGCUCCUCUGAGCUAAGUAGGUGAGGAGUCUCCAGGCAUCCAGAAACUGUUUAGCAGACAGCUAAACAGAUUGGUGAGAACUAGCAACAAAGUAGGACCAGACAAUCUGAAUGCAUUUCCCACAGCUACAGACCAAUAUAAUCAAUAUCAUCCAUUGGCUGGGAAUUUGUUAGAAAUAUCCUGAGCUCUCUAUCAAAACCAGAGCCCUUCUUGUGAGAUUCCAAGUUUCUGGUUGUACUCCAGGGAACCCAAUAGAUGCCCUGGCAAUAAACCUCUUCCUAGUCAGUAAACUUGGUAUAUUCAAACUACCUCACCUCCUAGCUAAUACACUAGGAAACUACCAUCUGCUUACUUCUUUUCUUUUGAAUCUGUUUCUCUCCUGUGCCCAAUUCAUAUGCAUGAAUUUUCAAAAGCUACUUCUGAGAUCCAUGCAGGGAGAAUAGAAAGGGACUAGAGACUUUAAGCUCUCUCACUCUCUCUUCAGCAAAGUUUCAUAAUGCUUCCUGUUCCCACUGAGCCAUUACAAUAAAUGACAAUUAAGAUGGUGUUCAAGUUAUCUAGGCAAGAGUAGUAAUGUGCCCCUCAAAAGUCAAGCAUUAAUAAACACAUGGUCUGUAGUAUGGACAAGUAGUAGACAAGCAAUGCAAUAUUCACCCGACCUGUUUUUCUGCCAAAGAGUCCCCAAUGCCCACAACCUAGAAGUUAAUACUACAUGGUAUUAAGGCAUUGUUGGACAGUCUCAGAUGGCAGUUCUAGGGUCAUAAUGUAAUAAAGUAGAAUCUGUAGCAAUAAAGUCCCACAGGUUAGUACAGUGGAGUAGUGCCAGGUUACUAGAGUCAGAAAGCCUUGGAAAAAGCUAUAGGGGAGAUUUUCAUGGAAGUAGAUAAAUGGCGAUCUAGUCAGAUAUACAAGGGGAGGUACCAGGGCUCAAACACAUAGAUCAGACUCAAGUAUUACAAACUCUACCUUUUUUUGCUGUGUGGUAAAAGGAUAUAUUUGAAUGGUCUCUACUGUACUGCAUGUGGUUCUCAGUAAUUUAUUAUUACAGACUUUGGGGGCAAUUGGAUUCCAGAACCAAACUUGCUAGUGUGGUCUGAAAAUAAACAACUUUAACCCCACCGCCUACCCAGAUAAUUCUGUAUGACUCGAUGGGUGGGGGAGCUAGCUUUCUUGGACAGUGAUUUAUCUCUAGCAAAACACAAUAUUCCUCUGCACAUCCAA